ACUACCUCCCUGUCUCCUCCUGCUGCGACAGUGCGUUGCGACUGUAAUGGGAGAUCUCGGUACUGCCUCCAGGACGACUGGGGCCUGCACUGCGUCGACUGUCAGGGAAACACUGUGGGCCGCCACUGCGAGCGCUGCAAGGACGGCUUCCACCUGGUGGGGGCGGCGCUGAGCUGCUCACCCUGCCGCUGCAACCCCACAGGUUCUGUCAGUGCCACAUGUGACAGCAGGGGGCGCUGCAGCUGUAAAGAAGGAGUCACAGGAGAUAAAUGUGACCGAUGCCCAGACGGACCGAUCAGACGAAACGGCUGCUUGCAAAGACGUCAGCCCAGAGAGGAUUCUGGGAGUCAGAUGUGUUUCUGUUACGGUCACAGCAGCAAAUGUUCUGCACAAUCUGGUUACUCCGUUCACAACAUCACCUCCACCUUUGCCGACGGUCCGGACGGUUGGAAGGUGGCGACAGCGCAAGGCGUCACCCUCGACGACGUUCACUUCCGCUGGUCACCGCAGCACCACGACCUGGAGGUGAUCUCCAAAAAUAGCCUGCCCGUUUACCUGUACGCCCCAGCUCCUUACCUGGGUAAUCAAGUGCUGAGUUACGGUCAGAACUUUUCCUUCUCGCUGCGUCUGGACCGCGGCGUCCGUCACCCGUCCACCAACGACGUGGUUCUGGAAGGCGCCGGCCUCCGAGCGGCGGCCUCGCUGGGCGACCUGCGCUCCAUCGUCCCCUGUGGACAGAAGAUAAGCUACACAUUCAGACUGGACGAGCAGCCCGGCAGCAGGUGGAGGCCUCAGCUCUCCUCCUCACAGUUCCAGACGCUCCUCCAGAACCUCACCGCCAUCAAGAUCCGGGCAACAUUCGGAGAAAAUGGACGCGGGUAUCUCGCCAACGUGCGGCUGGUGACGGCGCGGCGUGCCGACGGCGCUCGGGCACGUUGGGUCCAGACAUGCAGCUGCCCGCCGGGUUACGAGGGCGACUUCUGCGAGCGGUGCGCCGCCGGCUUCAGACGUGGGACCCCCACAGACGACGCCUUCGGCACCUGUGAGCCCUGCAGCUGCAGAGGAGGCAGCUGCGACCCGCAGACGGGCGACUGUUACUCCGCCGACGAGACGCCCGGAGAGCUCAGCUGCUCCAAGGGCUUCUACCGGGACCCCUGGCAGCCUCGCACCUGUGUGAAGUGUCCCUGUCCGGACGGAGUGUCCUGCUCGCUGCCUGCAGGUUCACUGGCGCCCCGGUGUGACCGCUGUCCAACCGGAACCACAGGUCCUCGCUGUAACGCCUGUCAGGAGGGUUUUUACCGCGGUCCUCCUCGUGGUGACGUUGUGCAGCAAACCUGCCGGCCCUGCCGGUGUAACGGACACAUCGACGUCAGCGUGGCGGGAAGCUGCGAUGGCAGCAGCGGCGAAUGUCUGAAGUGUACGAACAACACGAUGGGUCCGAGCUGCGAGGCCUGUGUGACCGGUUUCUACCACGGACGAGCCGCCGACGCCUGCAAACCGUGUGACUGCGACCUUCGGGGCUCUGAGUCCAGACAGUGUGAUGAUUCGGGUCGCUGUCGGUGCAGACCUGGCUACGAGGGUCUGGGGUGCCAGAGGUCCGACUGUCCCGCCUGUUUUAGCCCCAUCAAGACAAAGAUGGAGGCGUACGCCAGCAAACUGAAGGAGCUGGAGACUCUGUUCUCAGGAACGGCCGGGGGUUUGAAUCCAGCCGGCAGGGAUCAGUUGGAGGCUGCUCUGAGGGCCACGGAGGAGCUGGUGGACGACCUGCAGUACGACACCGAGCUGCUGGCAGGUCAGGAGAAGAGCCUGCAGGGCCGCCUGUCGUCCAUCAGCAGGAGUCAGCUGGCCGAGGGCCGGGUCCUCCAGAACGUCGGCGACGCAGCGGACGACACCAAACAACAGCAGCAGACGUACAAGACGAAGGUGGAGGAGGUUCGGAGUGUGAUGGAGGAGAUGAAACGCAAACUGGACGAGGCCAAGGCCAACCUCAGAUCAGCUGGGAUUCCUCUUGGAGACGCUCCGCAGGGUUCAAACCUCCUCUCCUCUCUGGAGCAGACGGCCACCAGUCUGGCUGAUAAACAUCAGACGAAGGCAGACGCUGUGCAGCGAAGCGCCAACGAAGCUCUAAGUGACUCAGAGAAGAGUCUCGCUCUGGUCCGAACCCUCAUGAACAAAGAGAACAAAGUCAAAGAGCUGAUCGGAGAUCUCAAAACCAUGUACGACAAGACUUCGGGCCAGGUGAAGGGUUUGGAGAACCAGGCAGCCCGGCUGAGCGGCGAGGCCAAAGACGAGAGCAACAUGGCGGACGGCAUGCUGAAAAACAUCGCCAAGCUGGAGCAAAGCAUCCCGUCGUCCCUGAAGGGGCAGGUGGAUGCCAUGGUUUCCAGGUUGGACGGUGUGAAGAAGGAGGUGGAUAAAGACAUCUCAGACCUGGAGGUGCUGCAGGACGGCGUGCUGCAAGACAAGGGCGUCACUGGGGAACUGCUAGCAAGGGGCAAGGCCGCCCAGCAGGAUUUCAACAAGCUGCUGGACAGAGUCAACGUCGCCAAGACCGACACCGAGGACGCUCUGAAACGCAUCAACAGCAACACCAAGGAGCUAGACGACGCCCUAAACACCCUGAGAGGGUUCGACCAGCAGAUCGAUGACGGCAAAGCUCAGGCCGCCGCCGCCAUCAAGCGACUCCCCGGCAUCAACGCCACCAUCCAGCAGGCCGUCGCCAACAACGCGGAGACGGUCUCCGUCCUGGGAGAUGUCUCUGAAGGCUACGAAAAGGCGCUAGGAUCCGUCAGCGUGCUGGCGAACCGGGUUAAGAAUCUGGAGGAUACAUUUGGAAAUGUUCCGUCUCAUGCCGGUCUGUUGGAUGAAGCCACCAAGCUGAACAAGGACGCGCAGGAUCUGAAGACGCAGGCGUCAGACACCGCCGGAGAACUGGACUUGGAGCUGAACGCCGGCAGGAAGCUGGAGGCCGACGCCGAGGAGGCUGCUGAGGAAGCGACGGCAGCGUUCAACAACGCCAGACGGACCCGAGACGCCGUGGGACAAACCCUGAGAGACAUCAGCAGUCUGCUGGCCAACACCAACCAGACCGGUGCGGUGGACGAGACGCAGCUGAAGAGCCUGGAGGACUCUGUGGGCGGCGCUCAGAGAGAGGUGGAGGACGUCCUGAGGCCUCGGCUGAGGGACAUGGAGCAGCAGGAGGCCGCCCUGAGCCGCCGGGUGACCGGCAUCAACCUGGACAUCAAGGCCAUCAUGAGAGACAUCAGAAACCUGAAGGACAUCGUGGACGCCGUCCCCAAGGGCUGCUACAACAGACCCCCCAAGGAGAAGCCCUGAAGCACAUCUAUCCACCUGCUUCUGUAAAGCAGUGAUUAUCCUGCUGCCAAACGUAUUAAUGCUCAUAUUAAUACAAUAUUAUAGACCAUACCAUACCAUAGAUGAACAUCUCAAGAAACAUCUUUCAUGAACAAAGUGCUUCAGUCUUCAGCUGCUGUCUCAUGAAAUAUCACUGGGUCCUACAUCUCCCACAAUGCAACUUGAUAUUAGUGCUGAACAGAGCUCAUAUCACGGCCAUAUCUAUACUCACAUUUCUAAUAUUGUUUUCAUUCACUCGGCCACAUUAAAUAUAACACCAUCACGUCAUUCUGGGUUUCAUUGGUCGUUGGACACGUGUGUGUGUGUGCGUGUGUGUGUGUGUGUGUGUGUGUGUGAAUACUAUAUCUGAGUCUGGAGACAUCAGGUUACUGUGAUCCCCGUGCUGCGUUCAGGUCAUGCGUCAGUGUCUUCCUGUUUGUCUACAGAUUGUUUUUGUGUUUUACAGUAAAAACAGAUUAUUGUUGAUCGUUUCAUGAGUUCAUUUUAAAACAAGAAACACUGAAACUACAGAACUACUACAGCAGCUACUGAUAACCUUUAAUAAUCAUAAACGUCUCCUCCGGUUGUUGAACAUAAUAGAUAUAGAUCCUGCUGUACAUGAAACGACAUGUCUGUGUUUAUGUCUCUGAUGAUGGUGAGUGUGUGUGAAUGUAAACCUGUUCUAUUUAUAACUGUACAUAAAGUACAUCUUUCAUCUUUUCACAUUCAGUGUUUGUUCUGUUCUCAUUAAAGUCACAAAUAUGUUUAUGUAUUGAAACUGCUUUUAAAUAAAAAGCUGCUGCACUUUC